GAUAGCGAGCGAGCGAGCGAGAGCCACACACACACGGGAGAGAAAGGGAGAGAGACCGAGAGAGAGAGAACGCGUAGGGAGAGAUCAACAGACGAGAUCACAAGAGCGAUAGGCGGACACAGAGGAGGAAGAAGAAGAGGAGGAGGAGGAAAAUAAUUGAGGCGUCCGCAGAACUUGGAAGGCGAUGCGAACCGUGCCGGCCUAGGUUCGCGGGGAGGACCGGGGUGGAGGGCGUGGUGAUGGCGUUCGGAGAGCGAGACUCUUGGAGGCGGAUGAUGCUGCUGAUGAUGAUGAUGUUGCUGGAUUGCGUGCAGGUGUGUGCCCCCCUGCGGCUGCAGGCCCCGGCAGGGCGGCCGGCCGGCGCCGACGUGGGCUGGCAGGUGUUCAGCUCGGUGCAGGACGCGGAGGGGCGAUGCAUCUGCACCGUGGUGGCACCGCAGCCGCACAUGUGCACGCGGGACGCGCGCGCGCGACAGAUACGGCAGCUGCUUGAGCGGGUGCAGAACAUGUCGCAGUCGAUGGAGGCCCUGAGUUCGCGCACACAGAGCGACAUGGUGUACGUGCGGCGAGUCGAGGCGCAAAUGCGCGCCUUCGAGUCGCGCUUCAGCCAGGUGCAGGCGGACCGGCACGCCCUACUGCACACCCAGGAUACCAAGGGGGAAUGACCGCGCGGUAGGGUCACGAACAGGAAUCCCGAACACUUGGGGGGUUGGGGGUGGGGAGAGACGGGUAGAGAGAGCGAAGGAGACACGGAGACACGGAGAGAGAGAGUGAGGACAAUGGACAUCGAAGAACAAUCACAGAGACUCUCCAUUCUCUCCGUCCCCCUUCUACGCUCUACAAUGAAUGGACGUGGGUCCGUGUGCAAAUAUUUAAAUGGGGAAGGGGGCUGCCCCCCCCCCACCCCGCUCUUGCCGUGUGCAAAGAACGAAAUGGGGGGAGGGGUGGUGGCCUGCC